CCUCUGCAUUGUGGCAGAAUGCAACAGAUUCACAAGUUGGUCCAAAACUUGAAGUCAACUCAUUUCAUCUCUCUUCACCAGAAGACCUUUUACCUUUGGGCACCAUGGUGAUCCUGAGGCUCUCUGCUCUGCUCCUUGCCUACACCCUGGUCAUGUGUCAGAUGUACAGCUCACAUGCUGCCCCAGCCAGAACCGGUCUGGAGACCAUGUCGGAGCGCGUCACGCUAACUGACUAUGAGGCCCGGAGGCUUCUCAACGCUAUUGUCAAGGAGUUUGUUCAAAUGACUUCAGAGGAGCUGGACCAACAAGUCAACACUGAUGAAAACAGCCUGGAUAGACCCAUGUCCAAGCGUUGCUCCAACCUCAGCACCUGCGUGCUGGGGAAACUGUCCCAGGAGCUGCACAAACUCCAGACGUACCCACACACCAACGUUGGGGCUGGCACACCUGGCAAGAAGCGCAGCCUGCCUGAACACUAUGCAAGCUAUGGAGACUCCUUCGAUCGCAUCUGAGUGGCAGUCCCCCUCCUCCUCCUCCUUAACUACACCCCCCUCAUCCCAUCCAGUUUCAUCAUGAUUGAGAUUGCUGAUGCAUGUGGAACUUGCUUGCUUGACUGACUGCCAAAGAACCCUGGUUGCAUUUUCUGUUGUUGAAUUUAUUUGACAGAGAAUUAGAUAUUAGAAGCAGAAUAUUUUUAUUUUAUUUUGGACAGUUAAAUGAAUCAAAACUAUUAAUCCAUACUUUCACCUGUGACUGUGCUUCUUGUUUAAUAAACUUAUUUUUAUACUUGAA